CCGUGUGCUCAGUGUUGACAGUGCGGCUUGUGGAGGUCUAGGUGGUGGCGGUGGCAUAGUACAAUCCCCUCGUUUAGUGCAGUGAAGUCCCACGAUGUCGACUCGUAGCACAUCCCGAAAGGUGACGAUGGUGACCACAACGAGCUCGAGUAGUAGUAGUGGCGGCACGGAGACGCCGAAAGCAGGCACGAGCACCCCGGGUUCGGCCAAGGUUCGCUCUUCGCCCCUGAGCCCCACACGCCUAUCCCGAUUGCAAGAGAAGGCCGAGUUGCAGAAGCUCAAUGAUCGUCUGGCGGCCUACAUCGACCGGGUGCGGCAGCUCGAGGUGGAGAACAGGAGCCUCAACAUGCAGGUGGAGACGAUACAGGAGUCCAUGACCAAGGAGGUGACGUCCAUGAAGGGGCUGUACGAGCAGGAGCUGUCCGACGCCCGCAAGCUCCUCGACGACACCGCCAAGGAGAAGGCGCAGCUGCAGAUCGACGUCGGGAAACUGCGCUCAGACAACGAGGAGAUCCGCCUCAGGUUGCUGAAGAAGGAGCGUGACUUGAAUGCCGCCGAGAAGGCCCUAACUGCCGCUGAGGGCCAGGUGAAUGACCUCACAUCAAAGCUCCAAGUGUCUGAAGCAGAGAGGAAAAAGCUGACUGCUGAAAUCAGGGAACUUCGUGAUGAGGUGGCCAGGCUGGGCCGCCAACUGGCUGAAGCCAAGCAACAGUUGGAGAGCGAGACACUGAUGAGAGUCGACCUGGAGAACCGUUGCCAGUCACUCAGGGAGGAGUUGCAGUUCAAGCAGCAGGUGUACGAACAGGAGAUCACUGAGACGAAGAAGAGAAAGCAGGUAGAGAUCUCUGAGCUCGAUGGCCGGCUCCAGGUAGAGUACGAGGCCAAGCUGACUGAGGCUUUGAAGGAUCUCCGCGAUCAGUACGAGGAGCAGCUCAGGAAUAAUCGCUCUGAGGUUGAAUAUCUUUACGAGACAAAGAUUGAGGAGCUUAACAGACGCGACCAGCGUUCUACUGAAGAUACAGAUGCUCUGACAACUUCCCUAAGAGAAGCCAAGAGCAAAGUUCAGGACCUCUCCUCACGUCUUACAAAUCUGGAGAGCACCAACAAUGCACUCAAGCAACGUGUGCUCGACCUGGAGGGACAGCUGGAGGUCGACAGAGACUCCCAUGCUGCGGAGGUACUGAUGCUCAAGGAGGAGAUCAUGCGUCUGCAGAACCAGAUGCAGGUGCAGCUUCAGGAAUACCAGGAUCUUAUGGACAUCAAGGUGGCCCUAGACAUGGAGAUUGCAGCUUACAGGAAGCUCUUGGAGGCUGAGGAAGCUAGGUUAAACAUCACAGUGUCCUCAAGUGCCACAGAGAGAGAAACCCCAUACAGGCGAACACCUCAGAGGGGAAUGAAACGCAAGAGGCAAGUCAUUGAGGAGGAGUUCCAGAAGUCGGCAUACCAGUCCACAGCUAGAUCGGUGGGAGACAUUGACAUCGUCGAGGACUGCCCCGAGGGAAAGUUCGUCAAGCUGUACAACAAGAGUGACAAGGACUUUGCCAUCGGUAGUUACCAAGUGAUCCGCACAGCUGGCGAUGCGGAAACCAUAUACAAAUUCCACUCCAAGUCCAAGAUCCCAUCCGGCGCUACUGUCACCAUCUGGUCCUGCGAUGCUGAGGCCACCCACGAACCCCCUCUCAAUAUUGUCAUGAAGAACCAGAAGUGGGUGGUUUCUGACAACAUGUCCACAAAGCUGCUGAGCACCAGUGAGGAAAUGGCAGUACGAGAGACCAAACGAGAAGUUACAUAUGAAAGCUCCUCAAGAUUGCCAGAGCCCAAGGAAGAGGAGGAGGAGGUAUCGCGACUAUACACUGGUUGCAUCCUCGCUUAAAACACCUACCUACCACCUAAGAGCUCCUCCUGCAGUCAGAAGUGCGGACGGAUCAUCCCCCGAGAAGUGCAGCAUCAUGUGAGUGGCGAGGCGACGAGGGUUAGCCCUAGGUUGCCUGAUGCCUAAUUGGCUCCCACCCAGUUUUACGUACAAAAUGACCUCCAUCCCUCUGAGCCGCACGCUUCCUGUAUCAGGAUGGUUUCGCUGAGUUUCGAAAUAAAAAAAAGGGGCCUGAGUUCUUUUGAAGGUGAUUUUUUUUUUUUUUUUUUUUUUUUUUUUUUUUUUUUUUUUUUUUUUCUCUCUCUCUUUCUUUCUCUCUCUCUCUCUUUCUUUCUCUCUUUCUUUAUCUCUUUCUUUCUUUAUCUCUUUCUUUUUAAAGUGAUAUGCAAGAGUCCAUAUAAUUGCAUGUUUAUCUUUUUUUUUUUCUUUUUGAUUAUAUAGUGAUUUAUGUGAAAAUGCUGCAAGAAGUAAGAUAUAUACAUAUAUAUAUAAAUAUAUAUUUAUAGAUGUAUUGUAAACACAUUUGAGUAGGUAUCAUCUCCGUAUCUAUGUUUAUACUGUACAUUGAACAUGAAAAUUUGAUUGGCUGUUGCAUUGUCAAAGGAAGUGAUGUGGUUUUGAGAGGACUAGGAAACAAAGGCCAGUUAUGAAAUUGCUUGUUACUUAAAGACAUUAGUGCUGAGCAUCAGAAGCUGGAUGGGGUCACCAAGAGGAAGUGCUGAUCGAGAACUUUUUUGUGUCGUAAAGGGAUCUCACAUUUUUAAGAGGAGUAAAUCACAAGCCUUUCGUGGGGGGCGCGGGAUGAUUCGGUCCUGUGCCAGGAUACAAAGGACAAUUUUGUUAGAAGGGUUCAUUUGUUUUAACAUGGAGGAAAGAAAAAAAAAAAAGAGAUGAGAUAAAACGAUGAAAACAAACAAGGAAGAAAAAAAAAAUGAACAAACCAGAAUUUUUAUGUUGGCCUGAAUUUGGGUAGGUAAGUAUAUACCCCUUGCUGUAUGGAGUACAUGCCGGUUCUCAAAAAAAAAGGGGAACGGCAUUCGCUUACAUAUAUAUAAUUUUUUGUUUUGUUUUUCUUUCAUUUUAGAUUUUUUCUUUUUUUCUUUUGGUUGCCUAAUGAUAAAACCAAACUUUUACGGUGGUUUGUAUGACGAGGUCAGAGAGUUUUGCUUCAUGUGCUUAUUCUUCUUGGAUAUUAAUAAAAACUUUAAAAAACUUCAAAAAAAAAAAAUAAAAAAAAGACUUAACAUUUUCGAAGUGCAAGCAUACUAAGUAUUAUAAGUAAGGAGAGAACAGUGUUAAUUUACCUGUUAAGGAGGAGAGGCCUGCCAUUUUUGGGAAGGGAAUAUAAGGUGGGAGAGGAAGAGAUCACCAGAGGAAGCAAAACGCCACACACUGUGAGGAAGCUUAUCUCUCACACAAGGGUUGUACUUCUUGUCUUUUCAGUUACUGUUAUUAUGAUGAUUAUUUGUUAUUCAAGUUUUUCAUUAUUCGUUUUGUCAUUAAUGCAGAAGGAAACGAAAUUUUGCCAACAAUUGGGUUUUAUCAUUUUCUUUUAUAUGAUUGAUGUCGGUAAUUGUUUUCAAUGUUCUAAGUAUAUUUAAAACGAUUAGUCAUGUUUUAUUGAUUUGUGCCAAUAGAAAACAGUGAGUCAAAGAACUUUUUAUGUCCAAUUAAAAGUAAUAGAGAGAGAGAGAGAGAGGGAGAGAGAUGUCUGUGCUAUUCUCUCUCACAAAUGUUCACUGCCAUUUUGUUUCCUAAAUGUAAGUGGUGGCAGCUUCAUGUAGCUGACACUUGUUAAGGAUACCUUGUAGGGGUUAACUGUAUUGCUUUUGUUUUCUGUAUCAUUGUCCUUUUUUUUUUGUUUUUCGAUUUAUGUUUUUUAUUUGCCUCCCCACAUUAUUUCAGGUCUAUUUAUAUCAUGUCACGUCUUUGCUGAAGGCUAAGCCCAAUGAUUCCUAUUGUAAAGUAAGAUGUGGUUGUUUCUAAUAGGGUUUUAUUUUUUAUUUCUUCAGCUAUAAGGUAGGAUCAUUAACCCAGUCCCCUCCCUUUACACACACACACACACAUAUUCAAAAAGGGAAAGGAUUUGAAGGAGGUUUAUGUUGUUUUUUUUUAACUGAUUGAUUAUAUGUUCAGGAAAAGGGGAAGAAAGUAUUGGAAGAAAAGAGAAGGGAGGGGGGGAGAAGAAAAAAAGAUGAUGAUGAUUUUUAGAUUAUUUUUAAGUUUGUGAUGACCAGAUUCUGCUGACCCUAAACCUUGGACCUUGUGACCAACCAGACAACUUGCAAAUUUUUGGACACAGAACAAGGCUUAGGGAAGUCGAUGGCCUCUUUAACAUUGUAAUGAAGGCUAACACUCGUUUGCACGCUUAUCUCAGCACACUGCCGCAGCAACCUCUAUGUAAGGAGAUAGAAGAAGGCCAGGCACAUUUUGCAGUCCUUAUGGUAAAUUAAAUUAUUAUUAUUAUUAUUAUUAUUAUUAUUAUUAUUAUUAUUAUUAUUGUUGUUAUUGUUUCUCUCUCCUAAUAUCCCCAUUCUCUUUUUUGUUUUCUUUCUCCCCAUUGCCAAUAGUACUAUACAAAUCUCAUCUUAUGUUGAUGCUAGUUUCAUUCUACUCCUUACAUGGGUUGCCGCAGCUUGUAAGUUUUACAGAGGAAAAAAGUCUUUUUAUGUUUGUUAGCCCAGAGAAAUAAAAAUGAAUAUAUAUAUAUAUUUUCAUGAAUCCCACUAUCAGAAUUGUAAAAAAAAAACACACAAAAAAAUGGCACUUGAGGUAUGCUGUAGGAAUUCUUCCCACAUAUUCCCUCAAGAAAAAUUAUAUAUUGUAAAAAAAAAAAAAAAAAAAAAAGAGUGAAGAAAGACGUGUCUCGUAAUGCUGAAGAAACAAAAAGAUCUUUUAUUGAAGAGAGAAAAAAAGUAUAUCAGUUGUGUAACCUUUGAUUAACCUGGCUUUGUAGCGUCCAAAGUGGUUCUAGUAGUGUGCCUUCAGUGGAUAUUCUAAAAAGAAAAAAAAGAAAGCUCUUAGAAAGAAAGAAAAAAAGAUAUGUACUGUAUAAUGUUAAAAAUUGUCUUUUAAGAGUAUGGAUUUACUUUAAUAAAAGUUAAUAGAUUCA